GCUUCACUGAAUUUGUAGUACGCCAGUUUGCUGAGUUGGAUUUUCGGUUGGAAAGCGUUUUGUGUUUUUGCUUAUUCACUAUCAUAAACGCUGUUACUCGGUAGAUAUUUUUAAAAUUUAAAGUAUUCGGAAUCGUUUUUGUAGUGGUUAAAAUGGCAGCAAAAGGAACAAGCAUAAAAGAUGCUCUUAGCAAAUGGGAGGCAGAAAACGAAGAGAAAGCCCCAGAAUCAAAAAUGGUCAAACUCUGUGGCCAACUACCUCCAAUUGAAAAAAUGGAUGCAUCACUUUCAACAUUAUCUUCAUGCGAACAAUUAUCUUUAUCAAGCAACUGCAUUGAAAAGAUUUGCAAACCUGAAUGGCUUGAGUAAAAACUUGAAAUUUUAUCAUUAGCAAGAAACAACAUAAAGAACCUCAAUGGACUGGAAGCCGUUGGCGACACAUUAACCGAGUUAUGGAUUUCGUAUAAUUUCAUUGAAAAAUUAAAAGGCAUCCAUGUACUCAAAAAACUUCAGAUCUUGUACAUGAGUAACAAUUCAGUAAAAGAUGCAAACGAAUUCAAGAAGUUGGCUGACCUUCCCUGCCUUGUGGAACUUUUGUUUGAAGGCAACCCAUUAAAAGAAACUAAAGGUGAUGACUACAUGGACUUUGUCAUGGGAGCAUUACCAAAAUUGAAAAAAUUAGAUAAUCAGCCAAUUGUAAGAAAUGAUGAUGAUGAGGACUAGCUUUGUGUUUUUUUUAAUCUGUAAAUAUUUCAUUUGUAAUUGUAUAUUUCAAUACAUUAUUUUUUGCACAA